AUGAUUUCUUCGAUUCGAUUGGUUUUCAAUUUUAACAGGGCGUUCAGCCAAUCGGCUCAACGGAUGGGCCCGAGGCUUCAGCACGCAUCUCAAGAAAAUGUCGCCUGGCCACUGCCCGAGGUGGAAAAGCCGGUACGAUGGAUCUCAUGUGUGGUGCACGACUCGAUUCCACUUUUUCACCCCCUCGAGCACCUCGUCGACAGUGCCGAAUUUCAGCGUUUAAGGCGACUCAAACAGGUUGGAAUGGCUAACUACGUGUACCCAUCGGCCGAGCACUCGCGUUUCACGCACAGCCUUGGUUGUUAUCAUUUGGCCUUCGAAUUUGUGUCGGCAUUGAGGGAAUCCGAUCCAUCACUUAGCAUCACUUCGGAAGAUAUGUUGUGUGUUUCGAUUGCAGCUCUCUGUCAUGAUAUCGGACAUGGCCCGUUCAGUCAUAUGUUCGACAAUGAAUUGCUAAAAGAAAAGAACCCAAAAUCGACGUGGACACAUGAAAUGGGAUCCGGAAAACUGAUUGGUCGUCUUUUCUCGAAGAAAUCUAUUAGGGAAGCCUUCUUGCCGUUUUUGGGAAGUGGAGCUCAUUUUGAGCGGAAUAUUCAAUUUAUCAAAGAACUCAUUCAUCCAACGCAAAAAGUGGACAAGAAAGGCAAAUGGAUUUUGGAGGGCCGCGACAGCAACAAAUCCUAUCUCUACGAUAUCGUUUCCAAUGAAGAAGACGGUCAUGAUGUUGACAAGUACGACUACUUGCUGCGAGAUGCACUCCUUUGUCACGUUGAUAUCACUUUUGGACAAGCCAGUCUUCGUCGUUUGCGCUCGAACAUGCGUGUUUUGAUGGAUGAAAAGAAAGGGUAUAGACGAAUUGCCUAUGCGAAGAAGGUGCACAACAACUUGCAAUCCGUUGGUGACUCUCGACAACUUAUGCACAGGGUUGUCUACCAGCACUACACUUGUCGGGCAAUUGAAAGAAUGGUAAUCCGCGCUCUUCUGCUGGCCGAUGAACAUCUCACUUUUACAGGAAGCGAUGGGAAAAGAUUCAAACUGAGUGAAACGAUCAAUGAUAUGAGCGCUUUUUUGAAGACCGACGAUGCCGUGAUUCAAAUGAUUGAGAAUCAUCCAUCGACAAGCGCUGAGAUGGUGGAAGCUCGUCAAAUUCUCGAAAAAAUCCACUUGCGAGAUAUUCCAAAACUUGUCGAGAGUGAAGAUUUUUCUCCACAACAAACACCGCGGAUUUGGAUUGCUGAGGAAUCAAUCGAGUUGCACAGCGAAUCUUUCAAAUGGGUGAUCCGAAGUGCUCUCGAAGAAGCGCUAGCUGAGGAGCUGCCGGGCGUAAAGUUUGAGAUUUUGUUGCGUAAUUUGAACAGAGGACUUGAUGGCAAACGACAUCCAGCUGGAGAAGUUCUACUUUUUGACACAAAGAAACCGAAAGAGCAACUUGUCGCAUGUCGAGUGCAGCCAGAACAAAUGGCAAUGGCUGCUCCUCGAGAUCCGACAAUCAUGUCGGUUGCUGUUUUUGCUGAUCCAUAUCUCACCAAGGAGGAUAAAGCUGCAAUUCAUCAAGUUUUUGCGAGAGUCUGCUGUGAUUUUGGACUUCGAUCACCAAACACGUCGGGACACAGCUCUCCAUCAAUCAUCGAUGAGUAU